GUGUACAGGUCAGUGAUCACAGUGCUUCGUCGUAGAUAAGGUAGUUUCACUUAUUCGCCAAAUAUUCUACACGUGAAAAUGUCUGAAGUACGAAAACGAAUAAUCGGAGAUGUGGCAGCGGGAGACGUCAACGACGAUCAUAAAGAAGAUGCAGAAUCCGAAGAAGACAAUAAACUUGAAGUUGAUGAAAUGGCUAGGAACCUUCCUCAGGGAACUAACCAUACUCCAGAUGCUCUUGCUUCCGCUCUCUCUGGCUUGUCAGAUCGUUGGAGAAAUUGGAUGAUUCGUGGCAUUUUCACCUGUUUAAUGGUAUCAGGAUUUGGUGUCAUUAUUUAUGGUGGACCGUUAGCACUGAUGGUCACUACCUUAGUUGUACAAGUCAAAUGCUUUGAAGAGAUAAUCAACAUCGGAUAUACAGUUUAUCGAAUUCAUGGUUUGCCAUGGUUUAGAUCUCUUUCAUGGUAUUUCUUGAUUACUUCUAAUUAUUUCUUUUAUGGGGAGAACUUGAUGGAUUACUUUGCUGUGGUAAUAAAUCGGACGGAUUACCUACGUUUUCUAGUUACGUAUCAUCGAUUCGUCUCGUUCUGCUUAUAUAUUAUGGGUUUUGUUUGGUUUGUACUUUCUCUUGUGAAAAAGUACUACAUGAAACAAUUUUCACUAUUCGCAUGGACCCACGUUGCAUUGUUAAUUGUAGUCACACAGAGUUAUUUGAUUAUUCAAAAUAUUUUCGAAGGAUUAAUAUGGUUCAUUGUGCCAGUAAGCAUGAUUGUCAUAAAUGAUAUAAUGGCGUAUGUGUUUGGAUUUUUCUUCGGAAGAACUCCAUUAAUAAAAUUAUCCCCAAAGAAAACAUGGGAAGGCUUCGUAGGUGGUGGUAUAUCGACAGUUAUACUUGGAUUAUUGAUGUCGUAUGCCAUAUGUCAAUACCGCUACUUCGUUUGCCCAAUUGAGUAUAGUGAGGCAUUGGGACGAAUGACUAUGGAUUGUGAACCAUCCUAUCUUUUUCGACCACAGGAAUAUACUCUGCCCACUGAAACCUUACAAAAUUUAGCCAGUUGGCUUGGAUGGAAAAAUACAUUGACAGUGUAUCCAUUUCUACUGCAUUCAUUGUCGAUGUCCGUAUUCAGUUCCGUGAUUGGACCUUUCGGAGGGUUCUUUGCAAGCGGAUUUAAGCGAGCCUUCAAAAUUAAGGAUUUUGGUGACGUAAUUCCCGGCCAUGGAGGAAUAAUGGAUAGAUUUGACUGCCAGUAUUUGAUGGCAACGUUUGUUAAUGUUUAUAUUUCUUCAUUCAUUCACACUGCCUCACCCCAGAAGCUACUACAGCAGAGCGAUUACAUUUUGUCACAGGUGUACAACUUGAAGCCGGAGCAACAGCUGCAGCUCUUUUACACUUUGCGCGACGCAUUGGAGCAUAGAGGCAUUCUAAAUGCGUCCGAAACAAUGUCAGCUACCUCAGGUAGCUUUUGAGCUAUUGUUUGGGCACCAAUUGCAUUGCAUUGCUAUGGGCAGAGAUCUUCAAACAGUGCUAAAUUAAGUUUAUGUAACAAAUUCAAAUUUUGAAAUUCACCUGAAAUCAUUAAAUAAAUUUCGGGGUUUUUUUCUAACAGUUCCAUAGCCUCAGGCAAAGAAAUGCCCUUACCGUUUUAUGUGAGACGCCACGUGUAACAUUUUAUUAUUACUCCCGUAGCAAAGCGAACAAUUGGACUGAUAAUUUUUAAUAUAAGUAUGUGAGCGUUUCAGUUCGACUUUAGGUUGUAUUAUUAAACACAGGAUGUGAUGUUUGUAGAAUGCGUUGAUCAGGAAAUUUAACUCACCUAUUUUCCGAUAACCUAUUUUUAUUCCAUAUAUUACGUUGGUGAAUUUGGAGAUUUGUGCUAGCUAAAUUCUUUGAUGUUCUUAGUUUAGUUGUAUAGGAGUAGAUGACUAGAUAAUGUAUUGAUACAACACGCAUUCCAUUAAUUAUUGCAAAUAUCCAUCUUAAAAAGGAUAAACCAAAGGGCACCUGACAAAAAAGGAACCAACUCUAUACGUCUCCUGGCUAAAGUAUGGCCGCAAAGCUUGUUAACAAAAUGUGUACAACAAUUACCAAAUUCCCAGAAUGAUACGUUUUAUGGUUAUCUCAUUAGUCAGUAUUUCCUGCUUCAUCUACUAACGUACCUCUUGAAAAAAAUCUAAGUCAUUAUGUCGUUACAUAUUUUUCAUUAUUAGGAAUUAAACUAAUUCCUCGAAAUAAUCAUCAUUUAAAAAAAAAAUUCAUGAAUUUUCUUCACUCGUUUAACACGUAGCAAUAGCAUAAUCAUAUCAUUAUUGUGUUUAGAUCAAUCCAUCCAAGAUUUUUAUUGCUUAUUGUUGGACGGUCCAUCAUAUAUCAUGCUAGCAAAUGGGUGAGAAUCAUUUAUCAUUUCUUAAAGAAUCAAAUAAACUAUUUUCUACCAGUACUUUUAUUAUAUUGGUUGAAGAAUUAGAUCUCAUUUUCAUAUGUGUAAUUUUGCAUUUAUAUCCUGCUGACUUGCCGAGUAAUUAAAGUUAAAUUGAUUUUCCUAUAGAUUUAAAUUUAUGCUUUUUUUUGGGUGGUUUCCAACCAUUGGGAUACACGUGUACCAAUUUCUUCAUUCUGUAUUCGUUGAGGGGGAAAAAAUAGUCAUAAGAUUCACUUCAUCGCGUCUCACAUUAAUGACAAAUGAUAACAAUCACGUGUCUCGAAUCAAUCACAAUACAGCAAAUGAAUUACAGUUUCGGAUAACAAAACCAGAAAAAUGUAGCGGAGGAACGUUUGGGUUUGUCGAUGACUUAUUCAUUGUUACCACUGUUAUGAUGAUUUUUAUUGUUAUUAUCAUAAUUAUAAUUCUGUAAUUAGUAUAUCCGGAAAUAUAUGUAUAUUAUAUAUGUAUGUAAAUUAUCUCUAUUGACAUUACUAAUGUGUUGAAUGGUUAGUAAACGUAUGUUCUUGAUUGUAAUUUAGGUGAUAUAUGCCUGUCACUUAUGUACCAUCAAGUUAGUUAAUUUGGAUCAAGAUACACGAAAGAAGUGGAUAAUUAUACUGUAAUCGGUCCACGGGUAAUUUAAUUAGUCGGUUGAUAUGUACUUAAAUGGCUUCCAAUCAGAACUUAUCUUAUUGUUUUUGUAAAUGGAUGACGUCUAAAGACGUUUAUCGCAUUAUCAAAGGUGAAGGUGUCGCACUAUCGAUUUCAUUUUUUAAGUUACCCAACAAUUUGGGUCAAUUUUCGUAGACAUGUCCAACGAUCUCGUUCACUGAUUUCUCGCAUCUAUAAGGUGAGCCAUGAUCUGUGUUGUUGCUGUUGUUGUUGUUGCAGUUUGUCUGAUGAAAAUCUACGGGAAUAUGUUGGAAUUAAUAUAGUUUGUUUUAAAACAAAAUUUACUUCAAGUUAACCUGAAUGUAUUCUAAUAAAGAGAGGAACGUAUAUAUAGUCAUAAA